CGAGUUUAUGACAUGGGAGCGAUAGCCGUAGGCCAUUCAGAUGUGAAAACUGCAAAGCCAGGUUCACUAGAAAGGAUGUGUGUAAACGACAUGCCGAAAGAUGCAGAGGCACUUUCAGCCGUGUGUUGACAGUCACCGGUAUCGAGAAUGGAGCGGAGCAACCGGCACCGGCCCUUGAAGAUACUACUCUUUCACCAGACGACCAAGAUGACUCGCCCUUUUCGACUGCUCAGGAGGGCAUCACAGCUGGUGUUGGUGAUGACACCGUCUACCCAAAUAGCCCACCAGAAGCUACAGAAGCGCCUAACCCGGAGGAGCUUCUGGUGGCGGAGAUUAUGAUGGGCGGGACAGAAGCCUACAUAUCAACGUAUUUUGAGAGUUUCCAUCCAUCAUUUCCACUCCUACAUCGACAGAGCCUAGGGAAUGAGCUACCAAAGUUGUCGAAGCAGAUUAUUGUCUCAAUUGGCAUGCUAUAUGCUUCCAGAAACGUAUCUGAAGAGGAAACUGCAUCCUUGAUGCGGAAGAGCCAGACACUAUGGGAAUAUAGUCAUGAUGAACAUUGGCGAGUUGUUGAGGCGGACUGGAGAGAAAUCCGCAGGACAUGGGUUAUGCAAGCUUGGUUCCUGCAUAUUAUCUAUGGGGCCUUUACUGGCAACACAUCACACUUCGACAGAUCAAAGAAGAUGCUGCGAUGGAUUGUAGACGCCGCCCGAGACCUUGGUCUCCUACGCCAAAAUGUUUUCCAGUCGACAUCCAGAUUCAGGGACUCGGAAGAACAGACAUUACACGAUCACUGGAUGUCAUACGUUGAGUCAGAGUCCAUGAAGCUAUCCAUGUACACUCUGCUGUUCCUUGACUUUCAUAUUUUCUCCCCUUGCAACAUUCGCCCGCUUACCACUCCCACUGAGCUCGAUUGGGAGCUGCCCCUUGCUUCAUCAUUGUGGGAGGCGGACACUUCUCUAGCUUGGGCCCAGCGGCUCGGAGACGAACCCCGAACCGUCGAACUGACCCGAUCUCACGACACGCCUGGCAUGACUUGCCCAACAAUCAAAUCACUAAAUCUUGCAAUGCAAUCAUUGAUGACGGACACACCGAGUCCGCAGCUCUUACCGGCGCUACGUGCUUCGCCAAUGGCGACGCUCUUCGUUCUCACCAGCCUCGAUUCCCUGGUCAGGGAUUUCACCCGAUGCUACUACCAGCUCCCACCGGCCUUGGCCGACCCCAACGCGUACCACAUUCUCACUCAAUCUCAAAACAGACAGGUCAGUGCAGCUCUGCGAUACAUUUCCGAAAUCAUCACAACGCAAGUCGCCGCGGCGAAUAGCUCGAACUGGCACAUCUUGAACUUUGCUGAGCGUAUCGCACUAUCCGUCAAGCUCGCGCUCUGCAAACCUGAUGAUCUUCUGAUUGGUGGCAUCGUGGAGAAUAGCGUUGUUGCUGGCCUCACCACCGCGACACAUCUCACCAUGGGGCUUCAAGUGGGUGCUCGAAGAUCGUUACAAAACCUACUCAGUUAUAAUUCCGGCGAUGACGGAAUGUUAGUCUUUCUCGAUGACUUGAUGGACGUCCUGUCAAGCGUGAAAAGCACCGAGAGGCAAGAUCCGUUGAGAGAAGCGCCUUGGGCGACGGUGGCUACAUCCAAGAUCCUCCUGGCGAUAUGGAGGUUACUACGCUGGGCAACAGGAGAGAUGCGACGCAAGGCAGGAACACAGCCGACCGUCCGCACCCGGUUCGAAGCUUCGACCAUAGUCUUCAAUUCCAUCCUUGAAGUCUUGCAGCUUCAGGAGGACAUCAAUGGCCAGACUCGGCGCCUCUCGGUUCGGGAGUCUACCGCAUUGGGCAUGGCGUCGGAGGCGAGCGAGGUACGCUUCAUGGAAACCGUAUUACAGUUCUGGAAGCAGAGGCCUGUCUGGGCAAUGGGGUCCUUCAUGACGACGGUGCUUGAGGAGGUCAUCUCGGCUGGUGGUAUGGCUUACGAGUAA